CCACCCCACCGCAGCGUGGAAAGGUUUGCCGGUUGCUCCAUGGCACUGAGGAACACCGGACGGCGGCGCCUAGAGCUGGGCACGGACAGCGAAGGCAACCGGGAUGAUGGCCCCUCUUCCUCAGUCUCUGUGCUCAAGCGCCUGGAACGGAGUCAAUGGACAGAUAAGAUGGACUUACGAUUUGGUUUUGAGAGGCUGAAGGAACCUGGCGAGAGAACUGGCUGGCUCAUCAACAUGCACCCUACUGAGAUUUUAGAUGAAGACAAACGCUUGGUCAGUGCUGUGGAUUACUACUUCAUACAAGAUGAUGGGAGCAGAUUUAAGGUGGCCUUACCCUAUAAACCAUACUUCUACAUUGCAACUAGAAAGGAUUGUGAGCGAGAAGUUUCAUCUUUUCUAUCCAAGAAGUUUCAGGGUAAAAUUGCAAAAAUAGAGAAUGUCCCCAAAGAAGAUCUGGACUUGCCAAAUCACUUGGUGGGCCUGAAGCGGAAUUAUAUCAAGCUGUCCUUCCAUACUGUGGAGGACCUUGUCAAAGUGAGGAAGGAGAUUUCUCCUGCUGUGAGGAAGAACCGGGAGCAGGAUCGUGUCAGUGAUGCAUAUACAGCUAUGCUUUCCAGUGUUCUGCAAGGAGGCAAUGUCAUUACUGAUGAAGAAGAAUCCUCUAAGAAGAUAGCUGACCAAUUGGACAACAUAGUGGACAUGCGCGAGUAUGAUGUCCCUUAUCACAUACGCCUCUCCAUUGACCUCAAGAUCCAUGUGGCUCAUUGGUAUGAUGUCAGAUACCGAGGAAAUGCAUUUCCAGUGGAAAUUGCUCGCCGAGACGACCUUGUUGAACGACCUGAUCCUGUGGUUUUGGCAUUUGAUAUUGAGACAACCAAACUGCCCCUCAAAUUUCCUGAUGCUGAGACAGACCAGAUUAUGAUGAUUUCCUAUAUGAUCGAUGGCCAGGGCUACCUCAUCACUAACAGGGAGAUUGUUUCAGAAGACAUUGAAGACUUCGAAUUCACCCCCAAGCCAGAAUAUGAAGGUCCAUUUUGUGUCUUCAAUGAACCUGAUGAGGUUCAUCUGAUCCAGAGAUGGUUUGAACAUGUCCAGGAGACCAAACCCACCAUCAUGGUCACCUACAACGGGGACUUUUUUGAUUGGCCAUUUGUGGAGGCGAGGGCAGCAGUCCAUGGUCUCAGCAUGUACCAGGAGAUAGGUUUCCAGAAGGACAGCCAGGGGGAGUACAAGGCACCACAGUGCAUCCACAUGGACUGCCUCAGGUGGGUGAAGAGGGAUAGCUACCUUCCUGUAGGCAGUCACAACCUCAAGGCAGCUGCCAAGGCCAAGCUUGGCUAUGACCCUGUAGAGCUGGACCCUGAGGACAUGUGUCGGAUGGCCACCGAGCAGCCCCAGACUCUGGCCACUUACUCAGUGUCAGAUGCUGUUGCCACUUAUUACCUGUACAUGAAAUAUGUCCAUCCCUUUAUAUUUGCCCUGUGUACCAUUAUUCCCAUGGAACCUGAUGAGGUGCUACGAAAGGGCUCUGGCACACUGUGUGAGGCCCUGCUGAUGGUGCAAGCCUUCCAUGCCAACAUUGUCUUCCCCAACAAACAAGAGCAGGAGUUCAACAAACUGACGGAUGAUGGCCACUUGCUGGAUUCGGAGACCUACGUGGGAGGCCAUGUGGAGGCACUGGAGUCUGGUGUCUUCCGCAGUGACAUCCCCUGCCGAUUUAGGAUGAAUCCUGCUGCCUUUGAUUUCCUUCUACAGCGGGUCGAGAAGACUAUGCACCAUGCUAUUGAAGAAGAAGAAAAGGUGCCCAUGGAGCAAGCCACCAACUUUCAAGAGGUGUGUGAUCAGAUUAAGACCAAGCUGGCCUCCCUGAAAGAUGUUCCUAACCGAAUUGAAUGUCCUCUUAUAUACCACCUGGAUGUGGGGGCCAUGUAUCCCAACAUAAUUCUGACAAACCGCCUACAGCCCUCUGCCAUGGUGGGUGAGGCUACAUGUGCUGCCUGUGAUUUCAACAAGCCUGGAACAAACUGCCAGAAGAAGAUGGCCUGGCAGUGGAGGGGCGAGUUCAUGCCAGCUAGUCGCAGUGAAUACCAUCGAAUCCAACAUCAGCUGGAGUCAGAGAAGUUCCCUGCCUUGUUUCCAGAAGGGCCAGCACGGGCCUUUCAUGAGUUGUCCCGUGAGGAGCAGGCUAAAUAUGAAAAACGGAGGCUGGCAGAUUAUUGCCGGAAAGCCUACAAGAAGAUUCACAUGACCAAGGUGGAAGAGCGUCUUACUACCAUUUGCCAACGAGAAAACUCAUUUUAUGUGGACACAGUGCGGGCCUUCCGUGACAGGCGCUAUGAGUUCAAAGGGCUUCACAAGGUGUGGAAGAAGAAACUCUCAGCUGCUAUGGAGGCAGGUGAUGCAGCUGAGGUGAAGCGCUGUAAGAACAUGGAGGUCCUUUACGACUCGCUGCAGCUGGCUCACAAGUGUAUCCUGAACUCCUUUUAUGGCUAUGUCAUGCGUAAAGGGGCUCGCUGGUACUCCAUGGAAAUGGCUGGCAUUGUCUGCUUCACGGGGGCUAACAUCAUCACCCAGGCGCGGGAGCUGAUAGAGCAAAUCGGGAGGCCCUUAGAACUGGACACGGAUGGAAUAUGGUGCAUCCUGCCUAAUAGCUUCCCUGAAAAUUUUGUCAUCAAGACAACCAAUGUAAAGAAGCCCAAGGUGACCAUCUCUUACCCUGGUGCCAUGUUGAACAUCAUGGUCAAGGAAGGCUUCACAAAUCACCAGUACCAGGAGCUGGUAGAGCCUUCUUCACUCACAUACAUCACACGCUCUGAGAACAGCAUCUUUUUUGAAGUUGAUGGACCCUAUCUUGCCAUGAUUCUUCCAGCCUCCAAAGAAGAAGGCAAGAAACUGAAGAAGAGAUAUGCUGUCUUUAAUGAAGAUGGUUCCCUGGCUGAGCUAAAAGGCUUUGAGGUCAAACGCAGAGGGGAGUUGCAGCUGAUUAAAAUUUUCCAGUCCUCAGUAUUUGAGGCCUUCCUCAAGGGUAGCACGCUAGAGGAGGUGUAUGGCUCUGUGGCCAAGGUGGCUGACUACUGGCUGGAUGUGCUGUACAGCAAGGCUGCUAACAUGCCUGAUUCUGAGUUGUUUGAGCUGAUUUCUGAGAAUCGUUCCAUGUCUCGGAAGUUAGAAGAUUAUGGGGAGCAGAAGUCUACGUCAAUCAGCACAGCAAAACGCCUGGCCGAGUUCCUAGGAGACCAGAUGGUCAAGGAUGCAGGACUGAGCUGCCGCUACAUCAUCUCUCGCAAGCCUGAGGGCUCUCCUGUUACUGAGCGGGCUAUCCCACUUGCUAUUUUCCAAGCUGAGCCCACAGUGAGAAAACACUUCCUCCGGAAAUGGUUAAAGAGCUCAUCCCUUCAAGACUUCGAUAUUCGGACAAUUCUGGACUGGGACUACUAUAUCGAGCGGCUGGGAAGUGCCAUCCAGAAAAUCAUCACCAUCCCUGCAGCUCUGCAGCAGGUAAAGAACCCAGUACCACGUGUCAAACAUCCAGACUGGCUACACAAAAAACUACUAGAGAAGAAUGAUGUCUACAAACAGAAGAAAAUCAGUGAACUCUUUGUCCAUGAGGGGAAGAGACAGAUUGUGAUGGCUCGAAUUCCAGAAAGCAGUCCAAGGCUCUGCGCUCCAGAAAUAGAAGACUUUGGCCUCAUAAAGCCACACCACUCAGCAGUCCCAAUUGCUACUAAGAGGAAACGCAUUGUUUGGGAGAGUCAGGAGGAGUCGCAGGACCUUGUGUUGACUGUGCCCUGGCUGGAGAUCUUGGGGCAGCCUCCCUCCCUUGGAACCACCCAGGAAGAAUGGCUUGUCUGGCUGCGGUUCCACAAAAAGAAGUGGCAGUUGCAAGCCCAGCAGCGGCUAGCCCGCAGGAAGAAGCAGUGCCUGGCGUCUACAAAGGGUAUGCCAAGGCACGGGGCCAUUCGAGAGGGGCCUACCACAGGUCUGGGAAGCUUCUUGCGACGAACUGCCCGCAGCAUUUUAGACCUUCCAUGGCAGAUUGUACAGAUCAGUGAAACCAGCCAAGCUGGUCUGUUCCGGCUGUGGGCCAUUAUUGGUAGUGACUUGCACUGUAUCAAGCUGACCAUCCCUCGAGUAUUCUACGUGAACCAGCGAGUAGCCAAAGCAGAGGAAGGGCCUUCAUAUCGCAAGGUGAACCGGGUUCUUCCUCGCUCCAACAUGGUCUAUAACCUAUAUGAGUAUUCCGUACCAGAAGAUAUGUACCAAGAACACAUCAACGAGAUCAACACAGAGCUAUCAGCACCAGACAUUGAGGGCGUGUAUGAGACUCAGGUCCCAUUGUUGUUCCGGGCUCUUGUGCGUCUGGGCUGUGUGUGUGUGGUCAACAAACAGCUGGUGAGGCACCUUUCAUGCUGGGAGGCUGAAACCUUUGACCUCGAGCACCUAGAGAUGCGUUCUCUGGCCCAGUUCAGCUAUCUGGAACCAGGGAGUAUCCGCCACAUCUACCUAUACCACCACUCUCAAGGUCACAAAGCACUCUUUGGGAUCUUCAUCCCCUCUCAGCGAAGAGCAUCUGUAUUUGUGUUGGAUACUGUCCGCAGCAACCAGAUGCCCAGCCUCAGUGCCCUAUAUUCAGCAGAGCAUAGUCUACUGCUAGAAAAGUUGGGCCCCGAGCUCCUGCCUCCCCCCAAACAUACCUUCGAAGUCCGUGCCGAAUCUAACCUGAAGACCAUCUGCAGAGCCAUCCAACGUUUCCUACUCAGCUACAAGGAGGAGCGCCGGGGCCCCACACUCAUUGCCAUCCAGUCCAGCUGGGAGCUGCGGAGGCUGACCAGUGAGGUUCCUGUCUUAGAGGAGUUCCCUCUGGUGCCUGUACAUGUAGCUGACAAGAUUAGUUAUGGAGUCCUGGACUGGCAACGCCAUGGAGCCCGCCGCAUGAUCCGGCACUACCUCAACCUAGACACUUGCCUAUCUCAGGCCUUCGAGAUGAGCAGGUAUUUUCACAUCCCUGUUGGGAAUCUACCAGAGGACAUAUCCACCUUUGGCUCUGACCUCUUCUUUGCACGCCAUCUCCAACGCCAUAAUCACCUGCUCUGGCUUUCCCCAACCUCUCGUCCCGACCUGGGCGGGAAAGAGGUUGAUGACAACCGUCUCAUCAUGGAAUUUGAAGACCAAGCCACUGUAGAAAUCAACAGUCCCAGUUGCUACUCCACUGUGUGUGUGGAGUUGGACAUUCAAAACCUUGCAGUCAACACCAUCCUCCAGUCCCAUCACGUCAAUGACAUGGAGGGGGCUGAUAGCAUGGGCAUCAGCUUCGAUGUAAUCCAGCAGGCCUCCCUUGAAGACAUGGUGACAGGCAAUCAGGCUUCCAAUGCUCCUGCCAGCUAUGAUGAGACAGCCCUCUGCUCUAGCACUUUCAGGAUCCUGAAGAGCAUGGUAGUAGGCUGGGUGAAGGAAAUCACACAGUACCACAACAUCUAUGCUGACAACCAAGUGAUGCACUUCUACCGUUGGCUCCAGUCGCCAUGCUCUCUGCUUCAUGACCCCGUCUUGCAUCGGACACUACAUAAUAUGAUGAAGAAGCUCUUUCUGCAGCUCAUUGCUGAGUUCAAACGCUUAGGCUCAUCAGUUGUUUAUGCCAACUUCAAUCGCAUCAUCCUCUGUACAAAGAAACGCCUGAUCGAGGAUGCCCUUGCCUAUGUGGAAUACAUCACUAACAGCAUUCAUUCUAAGGAGAUCUUCCAUUCACUGACCAUUUCUUUCUCUCGAUGCUGGGAAUUCCUUCUUUGGAUGGAUCCAUCUAACUAUGGUGGGAUUAAAGGAAAAGUUCCAUCUAGUAUUCAUUAUGGACAGCAAGACCCACAGGCAGGGAAAGGAGCUGAGGAUGAGCAGAAGGAUGAAGAAGAGGAGGAGGAGGAGGAGGAGGGUAUGGAGGAAUCUGAGGUGGAAGACUUAUUGGAGAACAACUGGAACAUUGUUCAGUUUUUGCCACAAGCAGCCUCCUGCCAGAGCUACUUUCUCAUGAUUGUUUCAGCAUAUAUUGUGGCUGUGCACCACAGCAUGAAAGAUGAGCUGAGGCGUAGUGCCCCAGGCAGCACCCCUGUGAGGAGGAGGGGGGCCAGCCAAUUCUCCCUGGAGGCUGGGGGAGUGGUAGGAGCCCUUCCUGGAAUGAUUACCUUCUCUCAGGAUUAUGUGGCAAAUGAGCUCACUCAGAGCUUCUUCACUAUCACACAGAAGAUUCAGAAGAAAGUCACAGGCUCUCGAAACUCGACCGAACCCUCGGAGAUGUUUCCUGUUCUCCCUGGUUCACACUUGCUACUCAAUAACCCUGCUCUGGAGUUCAUCAAAUAUGUGUGUAAGGUGCUGUCCCUGGACACAAACAUUACAAACCAGGUAAAUAAGCUGAACCGAGACCUGCUUCGCCUGGUGGAUGUUGGUGAGUUCUCUGAGGAGGCUCAGUUCAGAGACCCCUGCCGCUCCUAUGUGCUUCCUGAAGUGAUCUGCCACAGCUGUAACUUCUGCCGAGACUUGGAUCUAUGCAAAGACUCCUCCUUCUCACAGGAUGGGACCAUCCUGCCACAGUGGCUCUGCUCCAACUGUCAAGCUGCAUAUGACCCUGCUGUCAUCGAGUCAGCACUGGUGGAAGCUCUGCAGAGGAAGUUAAUGGCCUUCACCCUGCAAGACCUGAUCUGCGUAAAGUGUCAUGGUGUGAAGGAGACUCAUAUGCCCAUGUACUGCUGCUGUGCAGGGGACUUUGCCCUCACCAUCCAUACUCAGGUCUUUAUGGAGCAAAUUGGAAUCUUCCAGAACAUUGCCCAGCACUAUAACAUGUCAUACCUCCAGGAGAUCCUGGAGUGGCUGAUACAGACAAGCCCUGUAUCAGGCCGUUAGCAAUCCUGGGCUGAAGACAUCUUGGCAUCCCACCCUAGUGCCUGCUUCAAGUGGCUAUUCCACUGACAAGCUGGCCCCCAAACUCAUGACUACAGUCCAGACAGUAGAGGACAGACCAUGGAAAGCACUUUAGGGAGCUUCAAGGUAGAAUAAAUGAGCAGGAGCAGGCAAUAGUUCUCUCCUCAGUAGGAGCCCACUAAAGCAUGUCUUGAGCUAAGUUUUCUUAUGUUGAGAGUCCUGAGGAGUUAUAUCCUGAUGAGUAAACAUUUUCCUAACACUCAGGAGGCUAAGGUAGGUGUCUAUGAGUUCAAGGCCAGCCUGGGCUACAGAGUGAGUACCAGGUCAACCUGGGCUAGAGAGAGACCCUGCCUCAACAAAAAAAAAGAAAUGAAUAAACAUUUUGAAACUUCUGCCUUUUCCUGCUCCUACCCUAGCUCUUUUGCCUCCUAUUCUAUUCUGAGCCUAGAUGGGCUCUGUGAUGAGGCUCAAAAGGGAAGUGUCUGUCAACCAGUGUCUUGAGUGAAGCCUGAAGCUCUGGCCAGAGAUGGGCUUGCAUGGAAGAGCACCUGCCUCACCUAUUGGAAGGCCCACUUUUUUUUUUUUUCAAUCCCCAACCCCACCUGCACCAUGACAGUCCCACGUGGAUCCUUUAGAAGGCCCAUUCUUUCCACCAAGACUAUAUAUAAUACGGACCUCUGAGCCCAGUUCACACUAGUUCAUGGCCCAUAA